AUGUCUAGUAAAAGAAUUAAUCUACCUUAUACGACUCAAGAUUUAUUUCCACAAUCAAUGACAACUCAAUCAAAUUCCAAAACUCCUAAUUCAACAAGAGCAGGUUCAAUAAUAUCAACUCCAUCAUCAUUCUAUUUACCACGACCUAAUUUACAUCAUUAUAAUUCUAAAACAUCUUACAAACAAAAAUUUAAAAAAGCAUCAAAUUUUAUAUCAAGAAUUGAAUUUAAAAAUUUAAAAACAAUGAUAAAAAGGCUAUUUAAACCAAAGACAUUAGAUUUUGAAACUGCUAUAUGGGAAAUAUUUCAUCUUAUUAUAAAUCCAAGAAAAAUGUAUAGAUCUCAUUAUUAUUAUAGACAACAACAAAAACAUCAAGUAACUCAAAAUGGAGGUUUAAAUACUACUCAAUCUCAAAUUUCAAAUAAUUCACAAAUAUCUUCAGUUAUACAAACUAAUGAAACUAGUUCUUAUACAAGAGAUGAUCCUUCAUUUUUAAUUUUAAUUACUUUAUUUUUAUCUAUAAGUGCUAUUGCAUGGGGUUUAGCUUAUUCACCUAACAUUAUAGAUAUUUUAAAAUUAAUCUUGUAUAUGGUUAUAAUAGAUUUUUAUAUAAUGGGGAUAAUAAUAUCAACAAUUACAUGGAUAGUUACUAAUAAAAUUUUUAAUUUAGAUUCUCAGAUAUCAAAAUAUUCAAUAAAUUAUAUUGAAUGGGGUUUUUGUUUUGAUAUUCAUUGUAAUUCAUUUUUAAUUAUAUGGUGUUUAUUAUACUUGGUUCAAUUUAUUUUAUUACCUAUAAUAAGAAUUAAAAAUUCCAUAUUAGGUUUAAUUAUUGGUAAUACUUUAUAUUUUGGAUCAAUUGGUUAUUAUUUUAUUGUUUCAUUUUAUGGAUUUAAUUCAUUGCCCUUUAUAACAUCAACUAUUUUAAAACUGAAUUAUAAAAAUCCUGCAAGGAUUUUACAAUUAAUUGUUGUUGGAGGAAUAUUACCAAUUUUAUUAAUAAUAUGGUUAAUUACUAUAUUAUUUAGAAUAAAUGUUGCUGAAAAAAUGAUACACCUGUAUUUUAAUUAA